AUGUCAAUGCCGGGCAUCGAACCCGCUAUAAGCAACCGUAAAGCGAAUGUUGACCGCAAAACCAAAUUAAACCUGCUUUACUUGUUGGUAGCUAUCAUUGAAGACGAUUUGUUACCGAAGCAGAUAUGUUUCCAUUGCUACAAUUGUCUUGUAAGUUUUUAUAAGUUUAGAAAACUAGCAGAAAGUAUUGAUGAGAAACUUCAGAGUGCUUCGUACAACAGAUUAUAUACCGGUACAAGGGAAGAUACUAAAUUAGGUGAAAUAAAAAUAGAGGCUGUUAAUUAUAUUGACGACAUUCAGCCAAAGGUAGAAGAUAGAAGUGAGACUGAACUUAAUUAUAAUAAUAAUAAUAAGCAAGACAUAAUAAAAUGUAAUAUAAAGCCAAAUGAAACAAUACCACAGUCAAGUGAAGUCAAUAAAAGAUUAUUACCGACAGUAUCAAAAACUGAAUCUAAGGAUGAAGCAGAUGAUAUUGAUAAUGUUAAAUUCAAGUGUGAGGUCUGUUCUGCAACAUUCAAAUCAAUUAAAUCCCUCUCCGCACAUAUGAUAAAGCAUACUAAGAAAGGCAGAAUAUUAUCUUGUAGUAUAUGCGGCAAGGAAUUCAAAAAAGUCAGUCACGUUAAAAGACAUGAAAAGAUACAUGAAAUAAAUCGGCCACACAAAUGUAGUGUGUGUUCUAAGUCAUUUUCAAGCGAGGACAUAUUGAAAGAGCAUUUAAACAAACACUAUGGUGUAAAACCACAUACAUGCACACAUUGUUCAAAGUCGUUUGCACAUUUAUUCACACUGAAAGCACAUUUAAGAGUGCACACAACCGACAAGGCCUUUUUAUGUCCGAAGUGCGGUAAAAACUUUUAUUCGAGUACAAAUUUUAAACAACACAUGAGAAGGCAUGAUGGCUUGAAGACAUUUGCAUGUGCGAUGUGUCCGAUGAUAUUUAUAAGUAAAGGUGAAUUAAAAUCCCAUACAAUAACACACACGGGGGAAAGGAAUUGUACAUGUGAUCAAUGUGGAUCAUCGUUCACUAAGAACAGUUCUCUGAUGAAACAUAUCAAGUUGAAGCAUUUGGGAUUGAAACCACAUCAAUGUGAUAAAUGUUCUAUGAAAUUCACAAGUAAGGAUCAUCUGAAGAGACAUUAUAGAAGUCACACCGGUGAAAAGCCUUAUAAAUGUGAUUUGUGUGAAAGAGCUUUCUCACAAACAAAUGAUCUUGUUAAACAUCGUCGUGUACAUGUAGGAGAUAAAACUUAUAAAUGCAUGGAGUGUACUCAAAGUUUUCGCCUCAAAUAUGAAUUACAGCAACAUAUUUCGGAGCAUUUUAUUAAAUUAAAACUGCUAAAUAAUCCACCAAUAGAUGGCGCUAGUUCCGCGAUGGUUCCAGCAAAUAUCACAGAUGGCGCUGAUCUUAAAAUUAAUAAAUGA